CAAAUUCUAUCUCUAAUAAACUUUGCUGCCUUCGAAAAAUCGCCGGAAGUUUCAUCGAAAACCUGUCUGCUCCACACGAAACCAAACAACCCCACACCUCUCCUCUCAUUCCCACGCAAAGUAUCUUCAAAGAAAACCAAGAAAGAUUCAGAAAGAAAGUGAACAAAAGAGAGGAAAAUGUUGAGUAGCAGCAGCAGUUGUUGCAGACCCAUAAUUUCCCCAGUUUCGAGCAGUAACGUUGUUGAAAAUAAAUUCCCGUCGGCGAGAAGACGGGUGGCUUUGAUUCGCCAUGGCGCUUGUGUGGUGAGGGCUUCUGCUGUGGAGAGCUCCUCCAACUUUGCUCAGCGCAUGGAACGAGCAUGGUUGAUUUCUCAGCAACCAAGGCCUGUUAUUUGUUCUUCUUGUGACUCAAAUGGUUUUGUCGACUGCAAAUGGUGCAGUGGUACUGGCUUCUUCAUUCUCGGUGACAACAUGCUCUGCCAAGUCCCAUCCAAGAACACCAGCUGUGUCAUCUGUACUGGCAAGGGCUCUGUGUGUUGCACAGAUUGUAAAGGAACAGGUUUUCGUGCAAAGUGGCUGGGAGACCCUCCGAUCUCCAACACACCAAUUUCCAAGUAGCGAAAAACUUUUAUCAAAUCCACAGGGAAGAAACUGCUUCGACUGAUAAAGACUCCCAUGUAUGUCUCUGUUUUGAGAACCCGAGUUUCUUGAUCAACUCCAUAGCAGGUUUCUUUAAGACAUCUUACACAAUAUACUUGUAGACUUCAUACACACAUGCACAUGUUUUUGUUUCAUAGUUUUGAAGUAAAUGUGAUUUUCAGUUCAUUCAAUCUCCAUUGACACUGCUUGUUUGGCA